CGAGAUUUUACGAGAAUUGAGAAAUUUUGCAAAAAUCUAAUUUUUCCCUAAUAAUGAGUUUAUCUCAGUUUCUUCUAUUAUUUAGAACUUCCGUGAGCAAAUAACUAAUUUGGGAUGUCAUUGGUUGCAUAUGAUAGCAGUGGGGACAGUGGAUCAAGUGAUGAGGACGAGUCACCUCAUGAUGGAGCAGUUGAAAAAAAUGUAAAUGGCAAGUCUAGGCCUACUGCUGCUAGUGCCAAUGAUAUUGUAGAUUUACCUGAUGCACGCGUCCAAACAGUAACAGAUAUUGAAGAUAAGCAAGAAACUGUCAUUUAUGAUGAAGAUAUUUGGGAACCAGUUAUUCAAGAUACAACACGGUCAUCAGGACUUAAUCUACCUGCGCCUAAAGUAGCUGAUAAACCAGCAUCAAGUGUGAAAGACAGUGGUAACUCAAUAGAAUCUCAAAAAGGAAAUGGCUUAGGUCUCCCUUUGCCUCAAAAGGCCUCUAAGAAUGUGACAGUGACAGAAGAUGAGGGGGAGUUAGAAGAUUUGGUGAAACCAAAGCCUUCACAAUUAGCUGAUGUUCCCAAGCCACCACCUAAGAAGAUUGGGAAGAAGAUUCAGAUUGUUAUCCCCGAAUUGCCUGAUGCAGGUUCUUCAGAUGAAGAAGAUGAACCAGAAGCUAAGAAGUACAAACCCUCAACAAAAAAGACGGGACUUUUUGCUUUGCUACCUGACCCUAAACACUCAGCAUUCAAAAAGGAAACCAAGCGGCCUUUAAUCCCACAUACACUUACCAAGAAGCCAACUGAGACAGCUGCUUCUAAAGCUGAAGCAAUGGCCAAGAAAAAAGCUGCUAUGCUCCAGCAUGCUAAAAGCAAACCCAGCGUAGAUAUCCCUACCCCAAUAGUUGCCAAUGUAGAUAGUGAUAAUGAAGAGGACAAUGACAAUUCUGGGAAUUUUUUCUCACUUGGUGAUAAGCCUGACAGUGCUACUAACACUGAAUCAACAAUGCCUCAAAGUUCCCUUAUGUCAUUGAGAGGUAUUAACACAGUUCCCACUAUUCAGCCAAUGGAUAAUGACAAUAAUGAGAUUACUACGCAAAAUGCUGAGAUUGACACUGGAAAAAUCACCAUUGAGAAUGAUGCUAUGAAUGCUCCAUUAGCCUUUAAAUCUGGUGCUAUUUCUCCUGGAUAUAGUUCAGCUAGGUCAUAUCCGCAACAGCAUACUGGGCAAGUUGAUACACAGUACAACCAGCAGUUUUAUAACCAACCGUAUGAAGACAUGUCCGGAGACAGUGGUGCCACCUAUACUCCACCAGAAGAUGAAAUCAGAAAAUUAACAGCCGAUCAAGAGUUCCUAAAGAUGCAGGGGAAGAAACAGAGGGGAGAGGCAAUUAAUAUUAUAGAUAUCAAUGCUGAUGAUCACAUUGGAGAGGCUCACAUAGAAUUGACUAAAGGAGUCUCAGAGGAACAGGGGCAGAGUUUUGGCAAGAAGAAACAGGACGAUGGACUUUCAGGUCAAACUAAACGCAAACAUCAGAUCACCUGGUUGGCAGCUCAGGCUAAAGAGAGAGAAUUGGAAUUGAAGAACUCUUGGGCUGCAAAUCGACAGACAAAGAGACAAACACAGUCCAAAUAUGGAUUCUGAAUCCCAAAUCACAAAAUUGUGAUUUGAUUGUUCUACAUCACUUAUCCAGUAUGGGUAACAAUAUACAACCAGCACAGAGGGAAGGAGAUGUCACAGUGCUUCAGAACUUGCUGAUUCAUGAUUUUUCUCCCAUUUGCUUCAUCAAUUUUGUUACCCCUCGCACUUGAAUUUCUGAUUUCUGAAUCAUUGAUACCUGAUUCUUGACACUGUGGCAUCCUCUACUAUCUUAAUUCCCCUGUCAGGCAAAUCCACAACUCUGUGAGUCAGAAGCAUAUACAUUUGUAGCAGCUAUGUGUAUAUAACUACAUUGAUUUUACUAGUAUAUGUAUAGGUUGAACGAGUAAACAUCAGAAACAAUGAGCCUUUUUGAAAAAUGAAAUGUUUGGUCUAAAUCAUCCUCCGAUCACAGGGCU